GAAUUUAAAGCUGGAUUUGUGAUAUAUGCAGUAUGAUCAGAAUGGCGAUGGCAGAUAGCGGCAACAUACUUGCGAUUAGAGGGAAGAAACUCGAUAGACUUACGGAUCUUCCUAUUAAUAUCAUACACCAGAUUCAGGAUCGUAUAUCUGUUCAGGCUGCCGCGAAAAUGAGUGUUUUGUCCAGAGCGUGGAGAUAUAUUUGGUCUUCAAAUCCGAGGCUCAUAUUUGCUACGGGGUUUUGCACAAUGAAACUGCCGUCAAAGACAAUAGACAUCAUUACUGCAAUUCUGCUACAGCACCAUGGAUCUGUUAAGACAUUCUCAGUGGAUAUUUCACCGAUACAUUCUUCUCAGCAUCCAGUUGUCGAUCGAUGGAUUCUAUUUUUGUCAAGAAACGGUCUCAUGGAUCUCUCCGUUCUGAAUGAAAAAAGUGGCAAUACUCCUUAUAAAUUGCCUUCCUAUGUGUACAAUGUGGAGCUAGAACAUUUGGUCCUGUCGAAUUGCAUUUUCAGGCCACCGUGCAGUUUUAGAGGUUUCCACAAGCUCAGAAAACUUCUACUUACGCAAGUUUCCUUUGAACUAGACGUUGCAACUUCUUCCCUCUGGAUGCCAAGCCUCGAGACACUACAGUUUAUUCGCUGUAGUGGUCUUCGGUUCUUGAAUAUAUAUGCCCCAAAACUUCUGUACUUACAUCUCAUUGGCUGUGGCAUCGACGCUCUAAACUUGGGUCCUUUCAUGGUCUGCAGUAAGCUGAAAAUGUUUGGACUUGUAGAACAAGAAGUUUCACUAAACAGACAAGAUAAAACAAUGAAACCGACAGAUAUAAUCCUCAGCUGGCCUAACCUUAAUCGUCUUAUUUUGGGCAAAUGCUUCGUCAAGGAUAGCGUUAGCUUUUUGCAGAUACAUUGAGGCCUACAAGGAACUGAUAACUGUUGUUGUUAAUGGUGUUUUGAGGAACUCCGACACUGAUUGAGUAGACUCCAUACCGAUCACUCUUCCUGAUGCAUGAAAAAGGAGAAAGUGGUGUCGUCAAUGACAUGUUUUUCCACUCUGGCUCAUGAGUAGCAGCUAUCGCGGCCCCUUCUGUUGCUGCAUUGCUACUCAGGUCUUACUGCAGCAGCAGGGGCAUGUCGAUGGAGCACUCACAGUAGCCGAUAGUUGGCUACUUGGAAACAUGGUAACCGAGGCUACCACAACGAGCCAUAACAUGCUCGUAUGUUCCUGAUGUUUCGGACAUUGGACCUGCUUCAUUAAGGAUUUGUAACAUAGCAGAUUAAUAUGCAGUCCCCUCGCGAUAUUCUAUGAGUAUAGAGAACUCCAUGUUCUAUGUUAUGUGCAAACUUGCUUUAACGUUACAUCCCAUCCUCCCAGACCCCACCUGUGGGAUCACACUAGGUAUGUUGUCGUAUUGAUUUUAUCGUGUUCCCGCUGCUAGUUGGAUUACACUAGGUAUGCUGUUGUUGGCAACCUUGUUUAUUCGUCUUAUCUGCUGCAGCAUCAGACAUCAGUAAGAGUUUCAGAUUCAUGUUUUGCAAAUUUAAAACAUUCCAUUAUGUUUUUGUUUCUUCUAACUAGCUAAGUUGCUCGGACUCUUCACCUUUGAUGCCGCACCCAUAUCGGAUUUUCCAAAAAUCAGACACGCACCCAUUGACAUUUUUCAAGAUUCUGAGCAACAUAGCUUCUGAGUUUAUUUUCUGCUUUUGUAUCUUUUGGUAGGUAGGGUUUCUCAAAGAAUGUUGUGUUUAUUGUUAGUCUGCUAAUAUAAUCAGUCUGAAUUUUUUUUG